GCGCUUUCAUCCCGGAGUCGCCGCUUCGUGCGCCUCCGGCGCGGCUCAGCCAGUCGGCUGGAAUUGAGUAGCAUACAUUGAAUCUGCGGAUUUCAUGACGUCUCCCUGCGUGGUCCACCACUUUUUUCCAAACCAAGGAUUUUUUUUUUUCCUUGCCACUCGCCUUUCCCCCUUCCCUGCCACCGCGUCUCCCCUCCCGUCCCUGCCCGAACGUGCGCCCCUCCGCGCCCCCUGUGGCCCGGGCGCCCAGACCUCCUCUCCGGGCUCGGCGAAGGGAGCCAGUCCCGAGCCGGCCGCACCUGGCUGGAGAGGCUGAGUGGGCUCAGGGCUGGCAUUCGCGGGGACCUGCGAGCUGGGGCCGGAGCUGCAUGGACCAAGAGGAGAAUGGAGUCUCCUAACAGCCUCCCGGGGCCGCUGUGAAAUGUGACCAUCUGCUUCCAGCUUUUCUUUUCCUUCUCUCUUUUAUUUUUAUUUUUAUUUUCCAUCUCCUUCCUUCGCCAUCCAUCGGGCCGUGCAUUAUUAAAUCUUGCUCCGUUCCAAGAGGAGAGACCAUGAUUGAGUGAGACCCCCCUAGUCCGAAGCCAGGAAAAGCACAAAGAAGAACCAACAACAAUGGCCAAGUUGACGGAAUCUAUGACUAAUGUCCUGGAGGGUGACUCCAUGGAUCAGGACGUGGAGAGCCCCGUGGCCAUUCACCAGCCAAAGUUGCCUAAGCAGGCCAGGGACGACCUGCCAAGACACAUCAGCCGGGACCGAACCAAAAGGAAAAUCCAGAGGUACGUGAGGAAAGACGGGAAGUGCAACGUGCACCACGGCAACGUGCGCGAGACCUACCGCUACCUGACCGACAUCUUCACCACCCUGGUGGACCUCAAGUGGAGGUUCAACCUGCUCAUCUUCGUCAUGGUUUACACAGUGACGUGGCUAUUUUUCGGAAUGAUCUGGUGGCUCAUCGCCUACAUCCGAGGAGACAUGGACCACAUAGAGGACUCCUCGUGGACUCCUUGCGUCACCAACCUCAAUGGGUUCGUCUCUGCUUUUUUAUUCUCCAUAGAGACGGAAACCACCAUUGGUUACGGCUACCGAGUGAUCACGGAUAAGUGCCCCGAGGGAAUUAUCCUUCUCUUAAUCCAGUCUGUGCUGGGAUCCAUUGUCAAUGCAUUCAUGGUGGGAUGCAUGUUUGUAAAAAUAUCACAACCCAAGAAGAGGGCAGAGACCCUGGUCUUCUCCACACAUGCAGUGAUCUCCAUGCGGGAUGGGAAACUCUGUCUCAUGUUCCGGGUGGGGGACCUGAGGAACUCCCACAUCGUGGAGGCCUCCAUCCGAGCCAAGCUGAUCAAAUCCAAACAGACUUCAGAAGGGGAGUUCAUCCCUCUGAACCAGACAGACAUCAACGUGGGCUACUACACGGGGGACGACCGUCUGUUUCUGGUGUCUCCGCUGAUCAUCAGUCACGAAAUCAACCAACAGAGUCCCUUCUGGGAAAUCUCCAAAGCCCAGCUGCCCAAAGAGGAACUGGAAAUUGUGGUCAUCUUAGAAGGAAUGGUGGAAGCCACAGGGAUGACCUGCCAGGCUCGGAGCUCCUACAUCACGAGCGAGAUCCUCUGGGGGUACCGUUUCACCCCGGUCCUGACGCUGGAGGACGGGUUCUACGAAGUCGACUACAACAGCUUCCACGAGACCUACGAGACCAGCACCCCGGCCCUCAGUGCCAAGGAGCUGGCCGAGCUGGCCAGCAGGGCGGAGCUGCCCCUCAGCUGGUCUGUGUCCAGCAAACUCAAUCAGCAUGCAGAACUGGAGACGGAGGAGGAAGACAAGAGCCCCGAGGAGCAGACAGAGCGGAACGGCGAUGUGACGAACCUGGAGAGCGAAUCCAAAGUGUAGAACCCGUGAGGCGCCGCCCUCCCAGCCCUACCCGUCUCUCCUCUCCUUUCCUGUCUGUCUCUCGUGCUUCUCGCUUUAUUUCCUUACCUUUGAUUUUGACAUUGCUGGAAAUCAAAUCUUCAAGGUGUAAAAAUACCUACCUGCCCUCUCUCAGUUGUUCAGAUUGACAAGGUAGAGAGAACGCCCUGUGCCCUCUUCAGUGGCUCCAGCCUGGUCUCCUCCCCCAAAACACCGCCUUUUAACUUUUAGGGACAGCAGCUACUUUUACCUGCAUGUUGUUUGUACGAUCUGAGAUCCCCCAAAGAGUGUGUCGAAGAUUUCACUGGGGGUGCGGGGAUGACAAGGGAGGCUCCGGUGCCUGUUUAUCAGGAAGUCAGCAGUAGUGCCACCUCGGUUCUACAGAUCCCAGCCCAUUUUCUCAGCCGCAGAGUGAGGUGCUCUUCACCGCCCGGCGGCAGGCGUCACAGCCAGGAGUGCGCAGGAGAGGCCACUGUACAUAGCUAUGCUUCUGUAAUUAUUUUCUUUUGGCAAUUAGAAAUAAAACCCAGCAUGUACAAAAGUACUGUAGAACAGGAUUCUAAAUAAUGUACAUAGAUGUGUCAUUCAUGUAAUUUUAGAGAUACAACUUUAGACAUAAGAAGAAGAAGAAGAAGAAGAAGAAGAAGAAGAAGAAGAAGAAGAAGAAGAAGAAGAAGAAGAAGAAGAAGAAAGAUUCCCAGCAUACAAUAGGCAUUUCUGUUUGGAGGUCUGUGUUUUUCCACAUUUUUUAAGGCCUGGCCUUUGUUCUGGGUCCCUGCCCAGUAGCCCUUAGGGUACCUCUGUGUCCUCGCUGACCCUUUUGUUAAAUCUAAUAAGCCAUAGGUCUGGUGGCAGUUGAGAGGUCUAGCAGAUGGCAAGACCCACCACCAACACGCUGACAUACUGUGCUGUGUUUACAAAACGGGCGUUUAAAAAAAAAAAAGAUAACAAGGGUCUGGCUGACUUGCCUGGGGAGAAUGCCAGGAACCGGACACUCUCUGGGAUGUCACCAAUGUCGCCCUGACGCUCUACCUGUGAGCUUUUGCCCUUUAGAAUAUGGGCAUCUAGGAGAAUUUUCUGCAAAACCACUAAUUCUCCAGCUGUUCCACCCCUAUAAGCAUGAGGAACCACGGGCUUUAAAAGAAGACGCAGUGAGGUAGCAGGAGAGGUCUGGGUCUACAGCCUCGAAAUUCAGAAACGCAUGUCCCCCCACUGACCUUUCAAACGUGUGCUCCGCCUGGCGCUCUGAGAAUGAGGUCUGGCCCGAACCUGGGGACCUAUUCAUCAGCAUUUUUUGAAUUGGGGCUUUUUUUUCUUGUUCUUCUUCUUUUCUUCUCCUUCUCCUUCUCCUUCUCCUUCUUCUAAGUUUUAAAUUGCCAGAGUUCAGUGUUUGAAGAUUAGAUCAACCAUCUUGGUGACUGUCUAAGCAUCUCUUUAAAGCGUGCCACUAUCUAAAAAUCAAAUCCAAAGUGUCUCUUGAUCAAAAGAGAACAAACAAAAAAUGGUAGCCUUAAUUUAUUUUAAUGUGCAAAGAGGAAGGUAGGAAAGAAGGAAGGAAGAGGAAAGGGAAGAAGAGUACUUUGUACUGAAAAUCUAAACUUCAGAAAGAAAGAUGGCUAAGAAAAGAAAGAGAAUCUUAGACAAAAAAAAACCUCAGGGCAGGUGGAGAUUUUGCACUGUGACAGAUCUUUCAUAUUAAGUUUUUGCAUUUAUAAACUGUUUGUUCCUUAACACAGUGGCCCAUCAUGAAUAUUCAUUGAACGGAUUCAAGUCUAUUUUCAGCUCCUACAGCUGUACUCAGCUGAAGUCUUGAGCCCCGGAGGUGGAAGAGGUCAGAGCUGUCUGUCCUCAGCAUCGCCCUCGCCUUCUCUGAGCAGGCUGCAUGGGCCUUGGCUGUGGUCAGGGACCCUUUCACUGGAAAGGACGGCCCAGAGCUAAAGAGAGCGGCUCCUCUGCUGAGCAUCGGGGUCUCUCCCGCGGCAGAGACCUGGCAUCUCGGUACCCACUUCUUGGCUCUGGUUCUUUGGAAACUCAAGCUGGUGGCUAUAGCCCUUCCCUGUUUUUGGCAGUUCACUCUUUGGCACCGGUUGUCUGUCUGUUGAGUCAUGUUCGUCCAUCCUGUGCACUCUUAGGAGGAAGUAGUCCAGGAGGAGAGAGCCCGAGACGCCUGCCACAGCCUGGCCUCAUGGCAGCCUUACGAAGGGCACCCUGUCCUGUGGCACCAAGCGAGACAGAGUAGGGCCAUGAAAUGCCUACUUCACACUCUCUUGAAGAUCCACUGGGCCUUUUAAAACCCCAUUGCUAAGGCUCAAAGGACAAACACUUGCCGUGGCUGUGUUGGAAUUGCAGCUUGGGGCCUGAUGGUUUCUUCCCUGCCCUUGAGCUCCGAGACCCAAGACCUUGAUGAGAUCUGCACCGUGCCUGUUCUGGGUCUGUGACAGGGCACCCGCUGUCCCCCUGCCAAUGUCGCUGGAGACAGAACUGGAACCAAAUCUCUCACUUUUGUAAUGCGAGCUCUGAAUCUUCAAAGGAGGAUGCUCGUGAAGGACCUUUUAUUAGAAUGUCCCUCUCACACAUGUCUAUUUUUCUACAGUUAUCGAGAACACGGUUUAACAGUGUAUUUUGUGUCAACUGUUAAAAUUUGGACCUGAGAGAAGUUCGUUUCAGACUGCGUUUUCUAAGCAGUAAGUAGGGGCUGGGGUUUUUUGCAUUAAGACAGCUCAACAAAACUGACCCCACAAUUUCUACCCUUUCUACUCGACCUUAUUCCUGCGCGUACUCUAUUAUCGAAACAAGCACUAUGAAAAUAAACACGUUGACUGGAACGGGACAAUGCCCGUAACUGCCGGGGUCACUGUCGAGGAGGCGUUUCAGUCUGUUCGGUUGGUAGAGUUGGCAAUUUUCCUUAAAGCCUGGCAGGAUCUGUGACUUAGGUAAGAACCUUGAACUGCAGGUCCAUUUGUCCCAUAGGACACCAGGGUGAUGGAGCAAAGUAUUUCUAGAGCCAAGGGCAGGUAGAGCUGGAAGGGUGACCUGCCUGGGACCGAGCGGUCCUCAGAGUUUCCCACUUCUGCCCACCCAACACACUAUCCAGUGGAAAGAGCCCCUGAAAUCAGCUUCACGCGAUUAAGUCGCUGCGUGAUUGGCUGUCCCCCAGGGCAAGCAUCUCUUUUGCACUAACCCACUUGGGAUGGCUGUAAAGGCAGCCCAGCCCUUUUACAUUUGUUCCACACACGGCGUUCCAGCGUGGCUGUCCCCGCCACCACUACAUCCACCCAGCCAUACACGCUCAUCCCCUGCUGCCUCCGCCCCGUCCCUCUCUUCUCUUUCCCUUGCUGUCUGGUUCCAAACCUACCAAUCCAGUUCAGUAUCAUUGUUUCCCUAACAGAAAUCCAGCCGUUGUCCCUGAAAAUGUCAACGUAUUUCUAAGCACAAGUCCGUCUUACAGGGAUAACCAUACCAGGGCCCUAACACGGUAGUCCUGACUUCAUUUAAAAGUCUCAAUUUUUAAGUCUCCAAAUGCUUUCCUCUCCUAUAUUUCUUAACAGUUCUAGUUUUUUGCUUUCCCCCAUCCCUGUUUCUUGGUUUUGUUUUUGUUUUUUUGAGUUUAGAUUUAAACCAGUAUCACUGGGCUAUUCAGACACUCUUGGCAGAAGGCGGCAAAGGUAGAGAACAAGGCAUAAGAACGUGGUGGGAAUUCCGUGACCACACUGGGAGGAGCCUCAAUAGGUAGCGGCCUCUAAACAGCCUGCUGACCCCCAGUCUUUCUGUCCUUGAACUGGGUGAUUCUCUGUGUGAUGCUACAGAGGCAGGAGGAUGACUGUCAGUGAAACACACUACACACACGGCAGAGGUUACCGGCUAGAUGAUUUCCUUCCAGUGGGUGGCUGAGAAACUGAAAAACAAAGGCUAUGAUAUUAUGUUACAGUACGGCCACGUAAUACUGUCUUGUUUCUAGACUUAAUGGCCAACAUAUAUUUAAGAAAAUGUUAUCCUUUGAUUUAUAAUUGAACGAAAUGCAUUUCUUUCCAAAAUUUCUGCCCUUAAUGUCUUGAAGGGCUUUUGGACAGAGUGUACACCGAGAAGCCAAAAUUCUAUCAGGGAUUGCACAAUAAUAACAGAACAAUAUUGCACCUGACAUUGUGUGGGAAAUUUCAAGCACCCAGGCAAAUCAUCUCAUUGAAUUCUAACCCCCAUGGGAGGCUGAAUAUUAUAAUGUACGUUGUUAUAGAUGGAAAACUACGGUAAAAUAAGUAAUUUCCCCAAGGUUACAAGACCAGAAAAUCAUUGCUUGUGGUAUCAAAUCCAUGUCACAAACUUAUAAGCCAGGGGCUCUUUUUACUACCAGAAAAAGAAGAAAAAAAAACAAGUUUGGUAAACCCGAAACUGGCCUGCUGCCUGUUGUGACCUAAGAUAGAUGUUUCCAUUUAUAAAUGGUUAGGGGAACAAAGACUAUUUUGUGACAUACAAAAAUCACAUGAAAUUUAAAUUCCAGCGUCCACAAAUGGAGCCCAGCCAGACCAUUUAUUUAUGCUUUGCCUGUGGCUGCUUACAACCUCCCCGCGCAGAGCUGAGUAAUUGCAGCAGGGAGCAUAUGGCCGGCAAAGACUGAAAUAUUUACUAGCUAGCUCUUUGCAGAGAAAGCUCAUCCCCAGCCCCUGCACUGUAUUAUUUAGUAGUAUUAAUCAUUGAGUGCUUAAGAGUACUAAUAGUACUCCUGGGACUUGUACUGUACCCUAAGACACUCCUAAGAAGCAUGGAAGAAUGGACUGGUUUCCGGUAUAAAUCUAUUGGAGUCACCCCAGUCUGUCCUGGGGAAACAGAAGGCAUCUCUGGAUGAAGGGGUGCCUGCUCUGCAGGCCUCGCAAAGCCAACGCUCUGGUGCAGCUCACAGGAAGGAGGCUUCCUUUUCUUGCUGUCCUGCUCCAGGGGCCCAGUGGCCUUGUCACACACCAACCGGCCUCCUCCCUCCCCGCCGUGGCCGCUGUCUUUCCCUCUCUUGGAGAAGAUCUAACAAGGCCUUUGAGAUGUCUAUUUCCUUGCUAGUUCCGUCCAGCCUACAGCUCAGCACUGUUGGAUGUGGGAAAGGUGGCCCUUGGACGACCACAUCUGUGCGAUGGCUCAGCCUCUGUGGCCACUCAGAGGUCUAACGUGCGAAUCAGAAACUGAACACUUCCCUUGGAAACCCAGGAGGUUCACUCCUCGGGCAGAGAAGGGCUGCAGAGGGCUGGUGGAUGAAGCACAGGUAACGAUCGGGAACCGCGGAAACACUGGAUGGAUGAGAUCCAUACGGUGAGGUUUGGGCUUUAGUGUCACUGACUUGAACUCACUUACAUUCUAAGAAAGCAUCCUGAUGCCAGACAUAGUCGGCCAAGUUGAGUUCUUGAUUAGUUCGAUCAAAAGCAUAUCAAGUUCUCUUAUGGGCAUUUUCCUGGAAAUUAGACAGGAAAGAAAAUAUUUUGUCAUGAAUCCUUGUGUGUUGUUGCAGAUAAACGGGGAUUUGGUCUCAUGUCUAAAAGUAAAUCGACCGUGGUGUCUUCAAAACAGACUCUACAAACGCUUGGGACCCCUCACCCUCACGGAAGAGCAAUAAACCAGAGUGGGGGGAAGAAAUCUCCAAGUGCAACACCAUAAAACUUAAGUAAAAUGUAAAAGGAGCCAAACUUUUACCUGGCCACUUUGCCUUGGCAGAAGAAAGCUUCCUGUAUCCACCUAGUUGAAAUAGAGUGCUAGAGAAGGAAGGCAAAAUACUUUUAAACCCCACAAGAAUAGUUCAUUGGGGUGACCGUGUGAUCAGUAUGGAGGUUUAUCACUAAGGAAAUGUGUCUGUAAAGACACCCCAUCCUAGACAUAAUCCUAACGUGCACUAUGGUUGGGCGGAGAAUCCAGAUUACGUGGCUCUCACUUUCAAAUGAAAUGUACUCUCUGUCAAAGCGUAAUUGGCCAUCUCGAGAUUAAGGCUCAGUACCCGUUGUAUUAACAAUGGUCAUAAAUGCUGUGAAUCGCCUUGGCCAAUCUUUAUAAAAAACAAGAAGGGCUGUUCUUCUCAGGCAAUGUAAAUACCCACUACCAACAAACACUAGUGAACUAACCACGUGAUUUAUCAUCAUUUCUAAAAUUUUAAUAGAAACCUUACAAUGCUCAUACAAGGAGCAAGAUAUCCCAGGAGCAUAAGAUCAGACUCCUGGUGACGCAGAGCCCCGGGCUGGGCUGAGUGUCUGCGUGUAUCUGUGUUAGGUCUGUGACCCCCAAACACCAGCAGGACAAAUGGUCAGCAUGAGUUACAGAGCUGGAGUCCAGCCAGCUGUACAUGAGCUGAGCCUCUGGUCUUCAGACAUUGUCCUCAAAGGAGGGAAGGACCACGGUCCUCAGAUCUGGUCAAGGCAGGAUCCACCCUGGCAUCAUCUCUCAGCAUCACUGACUCUGGAAGUGGGUACAGGCAAAGCCCUCUCUCCCCCAGCCUCAGUCAGGAUUGGUAGCCAAGCCCACCUGCUGAGGUCACUCUGCAUGAGCAGGAGACGAUGAACUUGUGACAUGGCUGCUGGGGACCCUACAUCUAAGCUCACCUUAGCCAGGUCCCUGACCCUGCAGAAUACCCGCAGAGUCUGCAGUGGUGGCUUCUCAAAACCCUCAGUGUCCACUAACCAUCAGAGUGACCCACCCCUGUAAAAACCCUAGUAAAAUAAUAUACAGCAAAAAUGGAGCAUAAACAACUGACUUUCCCAGUGCAGUCACCAAAGUAUUUUUGUGGAGUUUUUCUCUUCAAAUACCUAAUUCUUCACUCUCUAGAAAUUCUCCCUUUGGGCUAUCAUGGUGACAGACUCAGCCUGUCACCAACACCACCUUCCUGUUCCCAUUUUUUAAGAAAGUCUGGUGAUUUGAUCUGUUUAAACCCACUCCACCAUGGACAAAAACUCUGUCCUGGUUUCCCCCUGCGGGUCACCAAGUGAGAACAGCAGGUCAAGGGUCCCACCCUCACCCACAAGGCUCUCCCCUGGACUGCGACACAAGAGGCUGUCCCCAGGGGCCCCCACCCAGCUUUCUCCUGACCUCAGAGGUCCAUCCAAGCGCCCUGCCCUGCUGCUCUUCCUUGGGGUCUCUCCUCAUUUCACUGCCAAAAUGUGACCUGCCUGGCCCCUUCUGUCUGAGGGGUGAUUUCAUCCUGGAUCAGUACCCCCCUGUAAAAAGAUAGCCACACGGGCAAUGCACAGAGGGCUUUGCCAUGAUCCAGAUAGCUGCCUGCUGGCACAGUGAUCCUUCCCCUCCUGCAGUCUGCACAUACCGUGCUCUGGGGAGAACACCGGGCACUCAUGGGGAAACCCAGGAGAUGCAGAUGGCUGCUGCCAUGGCAACCCCCAGCCUAUCUGCAGGGACCUCUCUGGUGCAGACUGGAGGCAGCUGGCGGCCAGGGACUGAGGCUCCUGGGUGCUCCACCUACACACAGCCUUGGGGGGCACCAGGGAGACAGGCAGGACCCCCACAAACAUUCCUCUUCCUGCUCACCAUUGCUCGCAUUUAAUAAUGACUACACUGCUUCUAAAAAGCUAUUCUUUAAUUUUUUUAAGCUACUCUUUAAACAGUCCUUCCCACACCACACACACACACACCUUGCACACAAACUGCAGGAAAUUCCAGCUCAGGGACACUUUAGAGGAACAGAGUGAGCAGAGGGUCUGCUUGCAGGAGAGUGAUGGAUCUCUGAUUCUGCCCACAGUAGGGGGCGCCUCUAUAGAUUCCAGAGUGUGAAGCUGGCCUGGUGGGCUUGUUGGGUCUGCACUGGGCAUAGAGCACAGAUGAGAAUUUUCUACAACCUAGAUGGUAACAGCGGGCACCUCCUUUCUAGCUCUGUCACAGCAGGCAUCAACAGCACACAUGGCAUUUCCAGAUCUGUCCCCUGGUACACAGCACGAUGACGGCGUUCUCAGACCUCUGUAACUAACGCAUUAGCUCACAAAUCUAACACUGCCUCCCCGUGCACAGGUAUACACACACACACACACACACACACACACCUGAAUACACACAUUUACACACAUACACGCACACGUACUCAAACACACACAUUCCCAUACAUACUUCUUUUCAGCCACGGGUGAGCUGGUUCUUAUAAGUAAAUUUUUAGGAAGCCCAAGCCUUAAGAGUGACAAUCACAUUUCCCCCACUGUCGCUGUGGUUCCUUUUUUUAACUUCCCUCAACUCACAGGCCAUGGUCAUAAAACAGCCUUUCUUUCUCAGCUUUCUGGACACCUUGGACUCACAUUAGGAGAACAGAAUUCUGGUCCUGCCCCCAGAUGAGCUGUGAGUUCCUGCAUAACUCACUGGACUGCUCUGAAAACAUUUUUCUCCUCUUAUUCUUCUAGUAAUCGAUAAAUUAUCUUUUUGAGAGCACCUUUAGGUUCGUAACAAAAUUAAGCAGAAAGUAAUUCUGAUUUGCCCCCUGAGCCCCAUCACAGCACACCAGAGUGGUGUGUCCGUUCCAGGUGAUAAAUGCACUCACUUUCGGGGCAGUGCAUUCCAUGGUUUGGGCACAUGUAUAAUGACGUGGAUCCACCAAUACAGUUUCUCACAGAGUAGUUUUGCUGUCCGGAAGAUGCUCUGUGCUCUCUUUAUCUCUGUCCAGCCCCAGUGGUAGCAACUUCCGUAGUCUCUACAAUUUUGUCUUUUGCAGAAUGUCAGGUAGUUGACACUGCACGAUCCAUAGCCUUUUCAGAUCAGACGCUCUCACUUGAUGAUGUGCAUUAGGUUUCUCCAUGUAUGGGCAGAUCUUUUAUUUUUAGCACUAAGCAACAUUUCAUUUGCACUGAACCACGGUUUGUCCAUUCACUACUUAAGGAGAUCUCGGUUGCCUCCAAGUUCGGGCAGUUAUGGGUAAAUCUCCUCUGUACAUCUGUGUAGGUUUCUGCAUGGAUAAGUUUCCAGUUUAUCUGGAAGGAACACGUUUGUGCUACUGUAAUGCCAUGACUACACUUAGUUUAGAAGAAGCUAGCAAACUGCCUCUCAGAGGGGCUCUACCCUUUUGGACUCUGAACUACAAUUCCUGAUGCCCCACACCCUCAUCAGCAUUUGACGUUAUCAAAGUUUUGAGUUUUAGCCGUUCCGAUAAGUGUGCAGUCUAUUUCACUGCAGUCUCAAUCUGCAAUUGCUACUGACACACAAGGAUAAACACCCUUUUCUCAGCUUCCUUUCCAUUUCUAUAUCCCUUCCCAUGAAGAUGUCUGCCUUGGUCUUUUGUCUGUUUCAUAAUUAGCUGUUCGUUGUCUCACUGUUGAGUUUUGAAAGCUCUUUGUAUAUUUUGAAUAAUAGCUCUUUACCAGAGGUAUCUUUUGCAAAUAUUUUCUCCCAAUCUUGUGACUUACCUUGUCAUUCUCUGACAUUGUUUCUGCAGGACAGAAGCUUAUCCACCUAAUUAAAUCUAGUUUAUCAUUCACGGAUCAUACUCAAGAUUCUCUAAAUUUUCUCCUCUGUUAUCUUCUAGAGGCUUUAUGAUUUUGCAUUUUACAUUAGAUCUGUAGUCAGUUUUCAUGAAGCGUGUGCGUGCAGGCUAUUUUUCCUAACAUGGAUGUUCAAUUGUUCCAACACCUUUUACUGAAAAGACUAUCUUUUCCCCUUUGUCGAAAAUAAGCCUUUGCUUCUUUGUUGAAGAUUAGUUACCUGUAUUUAUGCAAAUCUAUUUACGGAAUCUCAAUCCCUUUCUUUUGGCUUAUAUGCCCAUUCUUUUGCCAAAACUAAAUUGUCUUAAUUAUCAUAAAUUUACAUGAAGUCUUGAGGUCUAGUGCUAUCAGUCUUCUGGUUUGGUGUUGCUUCUCCAGUAACGCGUUGUCUACUCUAGAUCUUUUCAUUUCUACAUGAAAACUUUAGAAUUGGUUUGUAUUCAUAAAGCACCCGGUGGGGUAUUUGAUUGGCAAUUGAUGAAUCUGUAGAUCAAGCUGGAGGAGCAGACUCCUUGACACACUGAGACUUCCUUUUCAGGUACACAGAACGCAUCGCCACUUCUUUACAUUUUCUUAAUGACUUUCAUCAGAGUUUUAUAAUUUUCCUCACACAGAUCUUGCAUAUGUUUCAUUAGAUUUAUACCUAAGCAUUUCACUUGAAGGUUACUAAUUUAAAAGAUAAUGUACUUUUAAUCUUGAAUUCCACUGUUCAUAGAUGGUAUACAAGAAAGCAAUUAUUUUUGCAUGUUAAUUUUCCAUCAUGUAACCUUGCUAUAAUGGAUUAUUUCAAAAAUAGGAGAGUUUCAUCAAUUCUUUUAGAUUUUCUACAUAGGGAAUCACAUCAUCUGCAAACAAGGCUUUGUGGACUCUUUCCCAGUCAGGAUACCUAUUAGUUCCUUUUCUCAUCUUAUUUUAUUAAACAAGGUUUUCAGGGCCAUGCUGAAAAGCGGUGCUGAACCAGGCACAGUGGCACAGCCUGCAAGUCCAGCCCCUCGGGAGGCUGAGACGGCAGGAUUGGGAGUUCAAGGUCGGUCAAGCAAAGGUGGAGAGAACCCGCCUCAAAAAAGCAAGCAAGGUAUCCAGGCAUGGCAGCACACACCUAUAAUCCCAGCACUCGGCAGGCUGAGGCAGGAGGACUGCUGCGUGUUUGAGGUUAGCCUGGGCUACAUAAUGAGUUCAAGGCCAGCCUAAACUUCAUAGCAAAAUUCUGCAUCAAAAAGACAGAAAGAAAGAAAGAAAGAAAGAAAGAAAGAAAGAAAGAAAGAAAGAAGGAAAGAAGGAAGGAAGGAAGGAAGGAAGGAAGGAAAGAAAGAAAGAAAGAAAGAAAGAAAGAAAGAAAGAAAGAAAGAAAGAACAAUGAGAAGAGACCUCUGCUUUGUUCCUGAUCUUAUUUUAGUGAGAAAGUUCCAAGUUUCUCACCUUUGAAUAGAUGACACCUAAAAAGUUUUCUUGAAUACACUUAUCAGGUAGUGGAAUUGUUCCAUUAUUCCUAAUUUGUGGAGGCUUUUUACCAUGAAUCAUUAUUUAGAUUUAUUAAGUGAUUUUUCUGCAUCUAUUGAUAUGAUCAUACAAUUUUGUUUAUUAGUCUGUUAAUGUGGGUUGUACUAAUUGGUUUUUGAAUGUUAAACCAGCCAUAUUUACCUGGAAUAAAUUCCUUUUGAUUAUGCCACAUAAUUCUUUUACCACUUUGUUGGAUUCAGUUUGCAAACAUGUUACUGAACAUUUCUGUCUCUACAUUCAUGAGAGGUUGAUCUGAAGUUUUCUCUUCUUAUAGUAUCUUGGUUUGGUUUUGGUACUAGGUAACAGUAGAUUUCCAGAAUGAGUUCAAAAGUGUUCCCUCUAUUUCUGUCUUAUAAAAGAGAUUAUAAAGAUUAGGUAUAAUUUCUUCCUCAACUGUUUGGUAGAAUUCAUUAGUGAACUUAUCUGGGCCUAGUGCUUUUUGUUUGGGAAAGUUAUUAAUCAUUUACUCCAAUUUUUAAUAAAUAUAGGCCUAUUCAGAUUAUUUCUUCUGGUAUUAGUUUUGGCGUUUCACCUAGGUUAUCAAUUUGGUAGGCAAAGGAUUGUUCAUAACUUUCCUUCGUUAGCCUAUCAACGUCUAUGAGGUCUGUAGUGAUGCCUCUUGUUUUGUUUCUGAUAUUAGUAAUUCCCAGUCUCUCUCUCUCUCUGUCUCUCAUUGAUUUUUUUAAAAGAACCCAUUUUGAGUUCCCCCCACUGAUUUUUAAUGGAGUUCCUGCCUUUAACUUCAUCCAUCACUGCUCUAAUUUUUAUUUAUUUCCAUCUGCUCACUUUGAAUUUAAUUUGCUCUUUUCCUGAGAUGCAAGCUUAGAUGAUUGCUUUCUGAUCAUCUUUUCUAAUAGUCAUUCAAUACUAUCAAUUUCUAAGGACUGCUUUCACUGUAUAAAUUGUAUUAAUAUCUCCAUGUAGUUCACAAUAUUUUUAAUCUCUCUAGAGAUUUCUUUAUUAAAAUUAUGCCACUUAAUCUUAAAGAGUGCGAAGAUUUUUCAUCUGUCUUUCUGUUUUUAAUUUCUACCUUAACUCCUUUAUGAUCUAAGGACAGAUGCUGUAGGAUUUCUGAACUGUAAAUGUGUUAAAGUGUGUUUUGUGGUCCAGACUGCAGUGUUUCUUGAUGAACACUCCCUGACCUUGAGAAGGACAUGCAGCCUGCUGCUAGUUUCCCUGUCUUGCUCAGCAGGCAUCUGCACUCCACAGGCUCCACUUCUGAGACUUUAAUAUCAGUUCCAACCCACACUCAGCAGCUCAGGUCUACACCGCUAAACGGGCCCGUAUGAGUUUUUAAGUCUUAUCCUUUUUAUGAUUUCCCUGGUUCCUUUGCUAAUAGCAGUGAAAUUCAACUACCAACCACACACUUAUUUCCAGCAGCCCCUUGCAAACCACAUCUCCCUCCCUCCUCUGCUACACUAACCCUGGCAGCAGGUGGACGAGAUGGGAGGUAGUAACCUCCUAGGUAAGCACUGUGGGCUCCUCUGUGCAGAAAAUGCCCCAGUGAAGACUAGCAUCACUGAUAGAAAUUAACUGCACAAUCGCACAGCCGCCGCUUGAGGCUCAUUCGUGACGUUCCAACAGGUCAUUGGCAACUUGUUUUUCACUUUGUUUUGUUUAAUGGUUGAGUCUGUCUGUUUGUUUGUUUGUUUGUUUGUUGAGACUCCUGUUACACAGCCCAGGUUGCCUUGCACUUGCUAUGUGGCACAGGCUGGCCUCAGACUCACAAUCCUCCUGUCUCUUCCUCCUAAGUACUGAGGUUACAGGCGUGCGACACUACCCCGGCGUUUCCUGGCCUUGUUUUUGACCUGAAUCUAACGCUCUUCUCCCUGAAACAUGCAUCUAGGACCUCAGGCAAAAACACACAUGAAAGCAAAUAGAAGAUAAUUAAGGAAGCAAAAACCUUAAACCAUAAUGAUAUUGUAAUUCCGCUACUCUAUUCUAGCCAUCUUCCCUUCUUAUAUGUAUCACUGUGCUCUGCUUCAUUUUAAUCAUAUAGAAAUAGUGAGAUUUAGUAGCUGUUUUCUUCCUGUCAAGUGAACAAGAAUUGAAAGAAAUUAAUUCUGUCUUUCCUAAUAAAAUAGCAUAAUAUAAUACUAAGGCCCAAAAUAUUCUCUCUGGCCUAAUACAAUGUAAGAGCCAAUUCCUAACAUAGAAAAAAAAAUAUUCCAGGAGGUUCUGCCAUGCAAAAGUCUACAGUGGUGCCCAAGUUUCAAUAGUUGCUUUAAUUGUAAAUCUGUGAAACUUUAGAGUGAGAUGAACUGGUUUGGAGGUUGCAUGGUUGUGAACUUUUGUGUUUCCUUUGACCAGAAUUUCUCUCUCACCCGCACACAGAACUUGUCAGAACAAAAUGAUCUUAAAAAUUAAUUAAUUAAUGGCUAGAUGCAGAUACACAAGCUUUCUUUUUAUCCCCAGCCACUUUCCUAAGAACUUAAGUUUUUGAUCAAACGCUUACAUCCUGCAGAGAAAUAGUGUUUGGUUGCCACGGUGCAGGGAAGCCCAUCAAUGCUGGGAGCUGGAACACAUUACCAUGUUUGUUCUCCAGGGAUCCAGCACCCACCUUAACCUAGACCAGGAUGAAAUCAGAAAGCCGUCUGAUGGCCCCGCAUCAGUGCUCCAAAUACACAUUCACCUGACUGAAAGUUGGCCACAAAUCCUUAGAGAACCCUUCUGAUGCAGCCAGUGAUGCCUAUGCGAGAGUGUGGACUCUGGGGCAGUAAUACCCAUCCACAGUCCCCAGCAGGCCCACCGCUUACCAUGCGACACCACUAUGCUGCCUGCGUGGAAGCCUGUGAACAAAUGCUGGUUCCACUUCACACUUGGAGAAACUGAGUCUAGCGUUAGGAAGGAGACAACGCAGUCCACAGUAGUAGGUAUGACAAAUGUGCUGGGAUGCACCAGAAGCAGAGGAGCUUCUGUGUAAGCAGUAGGAGAUGGUUCAGAGGGAAGGGAGGGUUGUAUUCUGACGUCACUUCGAGCCGGGCGGGCUUUGGAGGAGACAGAUCCAAGGGGGGAGGCACUUCGGUGUCAGGACCCAGCAUAGGAGGGGCCCAGAGACCAGAGACUUCUGCCCCGGGGAGAAUGCUUAGGCCAGCUGACACAGGGUGGGUGGCUCACCGUGAGGUCUGAUAAAACGUGCAUUUGGAAACUGGUGCUGAACCGUAGGAGACGUGGAACUCCAGGCUACAGAACAUGACUGAGGAAGGGGUGUCAUCAGAGAAGCUAUUCAUAAACAUGCCAUAAUGCUGAAAAGGGAUCUCCAGUCUUUAGGAUGGGACGAAAAUAACACUUUUCACUGAAAAAAAGCAAACCAUCCUUGGACGUAACCGGGAAGCCCUCUAAAGGGAUUCAGUGAAUCCUUGAAAAACAGAAAGAAACUAAGGAAACUCCAGCCGUGUGUAGUUAGUUACAUGCUUACUACAUGUCUAGCAAAAUCAUAACCAGAUUUGCUGAAGGAGGGAAGUGCAGAUGCUGAAACAAACAGUAUACAAAACACAGUUUUCCCUGACCCUUUAGAGUUAAAUAGAAAUUUUAAAAAAUAAGGAAUUUCAUCUUUCAAAAAAUCCUGCCAAGGCUUCUGACUUUUCUUCAUGAUCAAGUAACUAAGAUUUGUUUCUGAGGUCAAAUUGUCACUACGCUUCUUCAAAAGCAAAGCCAGGUCGAGUUCUAGUACUAGUUUGGCUCCUGCCCCUCCUUCUGGUCCUCCUGUGAGUCCCUCGCCUCCACUCCAAGUAACGUCUGUGCACGGACGAGACAAAAGCAUGCUCACUGCGAAAGCACAAAUUAUGUAUUGAGAAAUCACUACAAUGCCAAAAUUUUUUAGAAUAAAAAUGAAUACAAAUAUAUAAUAUAUAUAUCUUUAAGAACUCGCUGUGUUAGGGAAACUGUUUACAUAUUGAGGAGUUCCUCUUUUUUUUGACUGGAACAAAUAAAAACAAAUUUGAUAUGG